AAAAAGAUUUUUAUACGGGAUUUAGGCAUUGAAUAAACGUUCAACUGUAAUUUAAAAACAAAUUAAGUACGUUUUAAAAGUUUUUUUUAUUAUUUACCUUUUUUUUUUUUAUUCGUCGUUGCUCUCUAACUGCCACCUACCGGACGUUGGGCUGUAUUUAAGUGUUGCCACGUUGCCGUAGACAACAGUCCUCAAGAGUCACUCGACGCAACAGGGAUGUAACGUAGUCCACAUCCCGUCUACACUCUCGGCGGUGAAGGGCGGACCACUACUCGGAGCUGCUUAAACACACACUCGCACACACACACACACACACACACGAACACCUGUGUGUCAAGUUUCUAUCAGGUGGAGUCCUCCCUCUCAACACCGCGGUCGGAAAAUGUUGACUGACAUGAUUUUGGAGGAGGAUUUGGACAGGAGCGGAGAGCUGUGGUACCAACCGCAGGACCUCGAGCACGGUAAGGGCUGUCCGGGGCUCUGUGGUCGCACCCUAAACUCUCUCAGACUGUGUGGACUUUAAUUAGGAUACUCCACAAACUUGAGAUAUUUUAAAACUUCAGUUAUUGUUGUUGUGAUGCUUUGUUGUUGUUUCCCUGAAGAAGUUAUCAUAGUCCACUACACUGAUACCAUCAAGGUUUCCAGUCUGCUCUUGUGAUACAGAGUCACAACACUGGUAGUAAAUAUCCUGAGGCUUUUGUUUGGGGAUGUGUUUGAGACAGAGAACAGUUUAUAGAUGGAGUUGUGUUUGAAAUGCAGUAGAUAGUCACAUAGAUCAAAUAGAGGUAAACCACAGAGAGAAUCUACCAAAAAUAUACUUGUGCAUCUAAAUAAAUAAGUCCCAUAAGAAAAUUAAAUAUCUACAAUCUUCAGCUGUUUUUAGCUGAUUAUGAACUCGCCUGAACUUAACGCUUCUCCAUGGUUUAUAGUUAAGAACAGGUAGACAAUCAUAACAAGCCCGACUAUUCCUAUAUUGUCGUUUUAUUUGUUGCAACUGCUGCAAAGAGUUUUGAAGUAACUCUUCCCGAAUCCAAUAUUCAGGAGGAAGCUGAAGUCUUGUGUUGUGUUUUGAAAAUGUAAGGUCAUGCAGAGUGUUUAAUCUAUCUUUGCUUAUUGUGGUUUGUGUGUUCACAAGGCAAAUAGAGCAUGAAUGACAGCCUUCCUGCAACCAAAAACACAUUCAAAAUAGACGCCACCUUUUAUUUCCAUUAUUCUGGUGUGCAAUGCCUUCUCCUUGUAUUUUGUAUUAAUAAGAUCUUUAAAUGUCUCAAUUUGAUUUAAGAAGUGUGCAGCUGCCUUGUAUAAGAGGUGUCACUUUGAUAGAAAGCCUCUUGUAGUAGUUUUAAAAGAAUAAAAAUGUAAUAUGAUGUUGACUCAAUUUGGCUAAACUAAACUUUAUGAUUAAUUUAGAGUCAUCAUAAAAAAUAUUUUUUUUGCUCAUUAUUUUAAGUUUUUGAGGUGCACAACUGUAUUUAGAAAAUAUACAAUACAGCUUAAUACUCAAUUUGUUAUUGAUUUGCUGCAUGGCAAUGUCCUGGACUUUGUUAGAUAUACUCUAUGUUUUAAUUUAUGUGCAAAUUAAAUAAAAGUAGAAGAAGAUAGAUAUAUGUUUGUAUGGUUAUCAAGAUUUUAUUGAGGCCCCAUUGAAGGAAGUUUUAAGAAAAAUCCCCCAUUGGAAAAAUGCAGACAAGGAAUAAAAGUAAUAAAUAUUUACAUGAGGUAUAGGAAGACAUACUGGUUAAUUGAACAGAAAAAGACGGGGGAGGGAACAUGAAGCCAAGUGAACUUGUUGAAACUAUGGUUGACAAGUAUUAUUGCACAAUAUGGGUUAGAUACUAGAGCUUUAAAAGAGUUUGAAAAGAGAGUAAAGAAAAGCAUUUUGUAAAUACUGACAAUCGAAUCAAAGAAUCAUUAUUGAACUGCCCGUUUCAGCUAAAACGCCAAAAAUCCAAGAGCAUGUUCAAAAUAUACUGGAUGUUAUUUUUCUGCCUGACUGAGCAGUGAGUCUUCGAAGUAAGAGACAAUAAUAUCAGCAUAGAAAUCUCAGUCCUCUCCACAGAGUGAUGGCAGGAAAGACUUCCUGUAGCAUUCCUCAGAGGAGCAGCUGAAUAAACCUGCAAAUAAAAAGGGUUUGAAGACUUUUCAUGAUUAAGACUUAGUGAAGGAUUCCUCUCCUGCAGCUUUCUCUGGUGAGUUGUUUGUGUCAGCUCUGUAGUUUGAAAAAGAAGAGGGAAAUGACUAUUAUGUGAAGCAUGUUUUGUUUCCUUUCAUUGUUUUCGAUUGCUUGUAUGGUAGAGUUAGAUGGAUAGAGUUGGAUAUUGAUGGAGUUGGAUUUGAUUGAGCCCAAUUCAGAGAGCAUGUAGUGGAGCAGAUCUAGACUCGAACUCUAUUUGAAGGUCACAAGGAAGUCCUACGGCAUGCCCCAGAUUCCUCAGUGAUUCACCCGUGCCAGAUACUCAUGGGCUGAGACAAUGAAGAGUGAAUGUGUUUGUGCACUUACACACAUCCAGCCACAUCAGAUGCCUUUGUUUGGGCACUGAGACUGUCCUCGAUCCAGUGUUUACAUGUUUUUCUGUGUUUUCACAGAUCUCCAUUUGGCAGCAGAGUUGGGGAAAACGCUCCUGGACAGGAACCAUGAGCUGGAGCAGGCCCUGCAGCAGAUGUACUCCACCAACCGAGAUCAGCUGCAGGAGAUCGAGGUGAAACAUGUUUGGAAAGAAACAAACAAAGAGUUUUCCUGAACUGUUUUUCAAGAGAGUGUGUCAAUGAGCCCUCUGUUUAAACGCAUGUUUAUGGAGUCAGCUGUCUGCAGACUCCUGGAAUAAUCAUUGUUUUAGUGUGAGAGCGGUGAUUUUGUAUGAAAGAGGUGAUUCAUGGAGGAGACAUCCACGUCACAAAGAUGUGGAGCUAAUCUGGACCGGACUGUCCCGGUGAGACUUUGGCGCGGUGCAUCCUUUUGGCGAGAUCUUUGUCUACUUCCUUACAGGGAUAUUCUGGCGUAAAAUUAAUUUAGGGUCAAACACAACGUAACACCGAGUUAGACACCCCCUUGAGAGAUGAAUGUUGCAGACCGCUUGCUUUUCUAGUUAUACUAACUUUUGUCAUGACCGCAGGAUAGCAAAACACAGUGGUCUGAGGAGCCAUAAACAAACCUCAACCAAAACGCCACUCUAUAGCCACAAAUAAUGCUCAGAACAGCACCUAACUUCAUCAACAGGACAUAUAGGGUCCCAGCCUCAGUACUAGCCACCAAACAUCUUUUUAACUUUGCCUACUUUCUUUAACAAAGAGACUAAACACAACUCAACCUACUCUCUUCCAGCAGCCGCUUGUUUGUAGUGAGACCUCAGGCCAGUCCAUUAUGGACUACAGCAGGGUGACGCAGCUCAAGGAAGAACAUUUAUGAUCAUCUCUUAUCAUUUCCUUAAAGAAAUAAUCACCAUAUUAAUCAUUUUGCUCUGCAGACGUGGUAGUUCUUCUGCCUUCGCGUCUCGGUCUGAUUGCAUUUCCAUGAAGAACUUAUCAUAAAUGUUCUUCCUUGAGCUGCGUCACCCCCUCAUGGAUCCACAGUUUGUCCUGCUGUCAUGACACCACAUUCCAUAUACUGCUGUGUCAUAGCUGUACUGCAAAGUACGACUCGGCUGAUUAUCUACCUCAUGAACUACUAAUUAUUAUUAAUAUCGGCCUUGAAAAGCGGAUAUCAGUCGACCCCUACAGCGAGGUUUGUGACAUGUUAAGUCAUCUGAAACAUGAUGAGACUGCUGUACGUUCAAUUACAGGCUGAAGAAGCUGAUCGGUACAUCCCCGAUCAGACGCUCAUUAUCAGCACAUGCAGACAGCGCUGAUCUGUGUUACCUCAACGAAAUUCAGCAGGUCAACUUAGAUAAGAGCCUUAGUUUGUUUACGGCAGUCAGAGGGCUUGUAGCUUGAGGAUUAACAAGGUUGAUAUGUUAAUUCCCAUCUCUGUGAUGCUGCUGCCAAUUUUCAUUCAGCUGUAUGAGAAUCGUUUUGAAAACUGGACCUCAAGUCCAACUGUGAAGCUAAAAGUUUGAUUACAGGCAAAUACCUCAGGUGGAUGUGAAGUUGGUGGUCCCAUUUAAAAACAAAUGUGGACAAAGCUGAGAGUACAGACUUAUUCAUUAUGCAAUAUUACUCACAGGUUUGUCUCCUGUUUCCUCGUACGGACCUGUAAUUGGCUUUGCUUUGUCUUCCCUGUAAUAAAAUGCGUCUGCCUGUAAAUAAACUACACUAAUUAAAUAAACCAAUUACCAACUGCCUCCUGUGUUUCCUCGCUGUAGUUAAAAGAACAUAUUUAAUCAGCCUGAUAGCUUAUUGUAGGAGCUUUGGGCGUGUUUGUCUUUAAAUUCUGACACAAAAUUCACAGUCUGUUGAAUUUGAAUUAAAAUGAUCAGGGACCGAGCUAAUGUGUCCGUUCUUCUCUGUGUGGUCAUUUCACAGAAAUAAGUCGCCAGCUUUUAUUCUGGAGGCGACGGAUAAAAUAGUGUUCUACUUGACUUGUGUAAAAUUAACCUAUAAAGUAGAAAUUAAUCUAAAUUUUUGUCAUCCGUUUUCGUCGAGCAGUACCUGACCAAGCAGAUGGACCUGCUGCGCCAAAUGAACGACCAGCAUGCCAGAGUGUACGAGCAGCUCGACACAGCAGCCAGAGAUCUGGAGCAAGACAAUCAGAGACUCAUGCAGGACAACCGGCUCGCCCAGCAGAAGAUCCACAGGUCGGUUUGGACUCAUUACCUCUGAGUUUCCCCUCUUUGAAUGUGAUUUGAAUGAAUAAAGCUAUCAGACAAAAAGCAGGAGGAUAAAAUUCAAAUAUUUACAUUUUGUUGAAGCGCAGAACCUUGAUGUCUAGUUCUCGUUUCCUUUCUGUCCCUUUUCAGCCUGACAGAGGCAGUUGAGGGGCUGCAGACCCACAUGGAGGACCUGCAGACUCAGGUGGAGGAGCUAAAGACGGCCCAGGCAGAGCGGAAGAAAAGAGAGGCGGCAGAGCAGAGGAGAUGCCUCGGAGCACAGAGUGUGUCUUGUCUCAAAGAGCUGUAUGACUUACACCAUGACAGGUAUCCUGUAGUUUCUGAAAACGGUGUCAAAAACAGAUUGACAGUGUGACAGGGGAGCUGUUGUAGUUUGGGAAUUUUAAAGAGGACAUAUUGGAGUAUAUUUACAAAGAAACGGUGGAGGAUGUUUGUGCAGAGUCUGGAUUCUGCUAAGUCCCGGCCACUGCAAUCUCACCCUCUCACCCUGUGCUGACUGGGCACAUAGAGGUCACCUGGAUAAAGACCAGACCUGAUCCUUUAAACAUAAUCCAAAGAGGAGGAGGCUAAUCCUCCCCCAUUGUCAGCAGUGUACUUGUACAAAUGCACUUAAUAACCCGCCGCAACAUUAAUCCAUUAACGCCGCAACCGUGUGUAGUUUCCAUGAUACAAAGCUGAUUCUCAAUGACAAAUAACCGCGUAUGUCUUCAUCCUUCAGCUUCAUUAUCGUCAAUGUUUUAAUUCAGGUGUACAGGAUAGAUCUUUUACUGUAAAUACAACCUCAAUGGUUUGGGGUUUGAUGGUUUGCAAAUCAUUUCAAUCCUGUAUUUCAUUGUGAAUACAGCAAAGACCACAUGCUGAAUUUCCUAUGAAAAAUAUUUCCUCUUUUAAGUUUGUUCUUAAGUAGGAGUUAAAAUCACAAACGUGAACACUGAUUUUAAAUUCAACUGCUGAUUAUUACAGUCUUUGUUCACACUUAUAUUUGUCUCACCCUGUCCUGGCUCAGGCAUCUCAACCACGACAGUAUGUGGAAAGAUAGACUCUGGUCACCUCAGAGCUCUUUCUAUGGCCGAGAAAGGCGCCAAGACCCAGAAGAGGAGAACGCAGCUCUCCAGCACUCCAUCCAGACCCUCCAGAGUCAGAUAGCGGCAGAGCGGAGCCGCAGGGAGGCUGCAGAGCAGGAGAGCGAGCUGAUGGUGGUUGAGAAUAGAGGUCUGGAGCAGCGGCUGGCCAUGCUGAACGGCUGCCGGGACAGACAGAAGGAGCUGGAGGCCGAAGUGGAGCAGCUGAGGCUCCUGUGGCAGGCUGACUGUGCUAAGAAGUGGGUCUGACUUCUAAUACGCAACAUUCAUUAAAUCAGGGACCAGUUUUAUGGCCUGUUGCUGAUGAAACUACCCUCUGUCAUUUCCUCUCUUCUCCCACCAGUGCCAGAAGACCAGAGCAGCUUCUGUUACCUGACACGAUUUUCUUCGACUUAGAUGAUAGACCGAGAUCGUGGCAGGAUGAGAUGGAGGAGACGGCAGAGAAGGACGAGAAGCAGGGGAGACAAAACAGACAAAGAUGUAACAGCGAUGGCUCUUUGAGAGCGACAAAUCCCGAGGAGAUCCGCCGCGGUCACGAGCAGCUGUGUAUAAGGCGAACGGAGGCGGUGAAACAGAGGGGCAUCUCUCUGCUCAAUGAGGUGGACGCGCAAUACAGCGCACUGCAGGUAAUGUAAAAGUAGUUCAGAACUUCAAAAUAGUUUUUCCAUGUGGUAAAUAAAGCAUCCUAAACACAGGACAGAAAAGAAGAUUUCUGUAAGAAGGUGGAAAGUUUUAAGAAGAUAAAAUGUCUGUAUAUCAUCCAGGUGAAGUACGAUGAGCUGCUGCGGAGGUGCCAGCAAACGACAGACGGGCUCAGCCAUAAAGCCGUCCAGACGCCCACCAGCCCCUCAGUGAGCAGCAGAGCCUGCAGCAGCCUGUCCAGUUCUUCUACCACGGACGAACUGAUGCUGGUCAUGGAGGACGACCAGCAGCCCGAGUACAAAGCUCUAUUCAACGAGAUCUUCACUCGCAUCAAUAAGACCAAAGAGGACCUCAGCGGGAACAGACGUGUGGAGAAGAACAAUGACAACCAGGGCAAUGCCAAAUAACGGUGUUCUUCAACAUCCUGGGAUGCAGAUGUAACAAGCCAAUCCAAUCAGCCCUGCACAUCCUAAACACAUAGACCUUUGCUUAAGUUAGUCAACACUGUUCUUUUUAUUCUGUCCUCAUCAAAAAUUAAGAGUUAUAAAAUCUCUGCCUGCAGCUUUUAUUAAACUAAGAAUGUAUUCCAAAGUGAAAUGAGCAUAAUCAUGCAAAUGUAGAUAUAUGUUACAGAUUUUUUUAUAUAAGAAGAUAUUUAUUUUAUCCUAAAAUGCUCCAGCAGGACUUCGACUUGUAAAAAGUACCUUUCAGUGUGUAGCUUGUUUCUCAAAGAGCACCCAGUGUUUAUGCAACAUUAAUCCUGUAAACACUUGAUCUCAUAGGUGCUUUAAAACGAAACGCACAUGUUGUAUUUUUGUAUGAGUUUUGCUAAAAGUUGGAGCUGUUGUGUACGACUUAUGGUGCAAAAGUUGGAAUGUUGUAAUAGGAUGAGAAACGGUGGCGAUGCAGGAACUAAAGAGUUUAUGGUAAUUCGCUAAAUGGCUGCUGUGAGUUGGUUUAUGUAAGUUGAAAUAGUUGAGGGUUAUUAGCAUGUCUUUAGAGAAGUAUCAGGCGGAAACUGGAAAACUGUUCAUAAGAGUUUUGAUAACUGUUUUUGUGUUCCUGUCAGCUUCAGACGAGUGUCUCAGUGCCUGUGGGACACAACACAGCUCUGCACUUUUUAUGGUGAAUCACAAUUCUAUUCUAUUUAUUGACAUGAAAGAUGAGAAAAUUAAGUUAUAUUUAUUUUCUUUGUUGCUAAAUAUUAAAAGAAGCUGUAAGUGGGCAGGAUUUAAGGAAACUGUACACUGAGGAGCUAAAUUUUAAUGGUUGUGGAGUUUGUGUCUGACACAGAUGAUUGAAAAUAAAAUGAAAAAAAGAAAUGUUC